AUGACUGACAUCACUCAGUGUUGUCAGCUACUGAUGUAUGCUCGUUUCGUGUCAGGAGGCUGGUUAUAUAAAGAACCUAUAUCUCCACCUCUAAUUCUUCAUAAUUGGUUAAUCUUCAACACCUACUACUUCCAGCGACGAUAUCUAACGAAUCAGGGCGUACGCUAUGAGCAGUCGGUUCCACCCACUUGUUAUUUGUUGUUCGGCCAUGCUUGGUCUGAAGUCUGGGUCCAUGACAAGGGUGAAAGAAAAAAUCCAUCUACUGUAGGGACGCACUGCAUACUUCAUCGAGAAGUCUUAGCUUCCAGGACUCUACCUGCUGAAAUGAGAGAUGUCCUGAAUGUGGCCAUUAAAGUAGUCAACUUUAUCAAAGCUGGAGCCUUAAACAGUCGUCCCUUCACACUGUUCUGUAAGGAUAUGGAAUCUGAACAUGAAGCCUUGCUUUUCCAUACGAACGUACGGUUGCCAUUGAAGGGGAACAUGCUUGGCCGACUUUAUGAACUACGUGAAGAUGUGGCAAUAUUUCUUGAUGUGCAGCACAAGACAGACCUCCAUGAUAAAUUCAUGUCUGAAGGCUUUUUGCUAUCUCUAGCUUACCUCGUGGAUACGUUUGAAGCGCUGAAUGCGGUCAACCUUGAACUACAGGGGAAAAACAUCAACAUCAUCAUACACCACGAUAUCAUUCUGGCGUUCUUGGUCAAACUCGACCACUGGAAAAGUCGCGUUCAGAAUGGAGAUAAAGCAUGCUUUAGUAACUAG